CGUGCGUGCGGGGACCCGGCGGUGCUGGCGGGGGCGCAGGAGGGCCUGAGUCGGGCAUGGUAAUGGCAGAAUCACAGAGCGCGCUGGACGGUGUGAAUGAAUCCACGCGGGGGCGCGGGGCUGCCUCUCCGAGCACACCCGGCGAGCACCAGACUCUGCGCCUUGUCGUCGUGCGGUGGGUGUCCCAUCGCUUCUCCCAGUGACCCUAAGAAGGAAGUCUCCUUCAGGCGAAGGAGCUAAGCACAGGGACGAACCUUCUGUUCCCAUGAAGACACCCCCUAUCUGUGCUGCUUCUCCCUAACCAUUGUUGGGUCUUGGGACUGCCCUGGCCAAUGGAGGGCGGCAGUAGCGAUGUCAUGUGACUCCCAAGGCUGCGUGUUGAGCAGCGUCCUGCUCUCUGGAAAGGCCCCUCUUGGAACUAGAACUUCCUCGAUGUUGUGAGGAAGCCCAGGCCACACGGGAGACACCUGUGUGUGUUGCUGUUGGCGUUCCUACUGCCAACAGCUGGCCUCAGCUGCCUACCACUUCGGGAGGCAGAGGUGGGAGGACAGCUUGAACCCAGGAGCUUGAGACCAGCCUGGGCAACAAAGCAAGACACCAUCUCUUCAAAAAAUAAAAGUCCUUCAUUCAUUCAUUCAGCCACUGAGCACAUGUUCACUGAGCACCUGCCGGGAGCUGUACUGGGCGCUGAGGGAUAGAAGUGAACGGUUCUCCAUCUUGGAGCUUAGGUUCCCGCAAAAAAACCACGCGUCCUGCAGCGAAAGGCUUCCGUGCUGCCCGCGGGGUCUUCCCUACGUCCUCCCUGACGGGUGCCUCCCGCCGCCCGUCUCUAGGGACGCACUCCCGCCUUUGGCUGCAGCCGGCGGAGUCUCGCGAGAUCUUGCGACUUAUCGCGGCAUCGCCCAGCGGUUGCCGGGAAACGGCGCGGCUUCCGCGGGGCUGGCGCUUCGGACCCGGGUCGCGGCUGGGCUUGUCCGCCGGCGUCAUGGCGCCCAAAAAGAAAGGGAAGAAAGGCAAAGCCAAAGACCCUUCAGUUGUCGAUGGAUUCCCCCCAGAGGAAAUGAGCAAGGAGCAGGUGGAGGAGCAUUUGGGCCGUAUCCGGGAGGAGCUGGACCGUGAGCGGGAGGAGCGCAACUACUUCCAGCUGGAGCGGGACAAGAUCCACACCUUCUGGGAGAUCACCCGGAGGCAGCUGGAGGAAAAGAAGGCUGAGCUUCGGAACAAGGAUCGGGAGAUGGAAGAGGCCGAGGAGAGGCACCAGGUGGAGAUCAAGGUGUACAAGCAGAAAGUGAAGCACCUGCUCUAUGAGCACCAGAACAACCUGACAGAGAUGAAGGCUGAGGGCGCGGUGAUCAUGAAGCUAGCACAGAAGGAGCACCACACGCAGGAGGGUGCGCUGCGCAAGGAUAUGCGGGCGCUGAAGGUGGAGCUCAAGGAGCAGGAGCUGGCCAGUGAGGUGGUGGUGAAGAACCUGAGGCUGAAACACGCUGAGGAGAUCACCAAGUUGCGGAAUGAUUUCGAGAGGCAAGUUCGAGAAAUUGAGGCCAAGUAUGACAAGAAGAUGAAGAUGCUGAGGGACGAGCUCGAUCUUCAGAGAAAGACCGAGCUGCAUGAAGUGGAGGAGAGGAAGAACAGCCAGAUCAACACGCUGAUGCAGCGCCAUGAGGAGGCCUUCACCGACAUCAAGAACUAUUACAACGACAUCACCCUCAACAACCUGGCCCUCAUCAGCUCCCUCAAGGAGCAAAUGGAGGACAUGCGGAAGAAGGAGGACCGCCUGGAGAGGGAGAUGGCCGAGGUGUCUGUGCAGAACAAGCGCCUGGCGGAGCCUCUCCUGAAGGCUCGUGAGGAGAUGGGUGAGAUGCAGAAGCAGCUCGUGAACUACGAGAGGGACAAGCAGACCCUGCUGUGCACAAAAGCACGUUUAAAAGUCACAGAGAAAGAGCUGAAAGAUCUGCAGUGGGAGCACGAAGUGUUAGAGCAGCGGUUCACCAAGGUGCAGCAGGAGCGGGAUGAGCUCUACCAGAAGUUCACUGCUGCUAUCCAGGAGGUGCAGCAGAAGACCGGCUUUAAGAACCUGGUGCUAGAGCGCAAGCUGCAGGCCCUCAGCGCUGCUGUGGAGAAGAAGGAGGUGCAGUUCAACGAGGUGCUGGCGGCCUCCAACCUGGACCCUGCAUCCCUGACGCUGGUGUCCCGCAAGCUCGAGGAUGUCCUGGAAUUGAAGAACAGCACCAUCAAGGACCUGCAGUAUGAGCUGGCCCGGGUCUGUAAGGCCCACAAUGACCUGCUGCGCACGUACUUGGGAGUGACCCUCAGCUCCCUAACGCUGCCCUGUCCCCACAGGCCCACAAUGACCUGCUGCGCACGUACCAGGCGAAGCUGUUGGCCUUCGGGAUCCCUCUGGACAACUUGGGCUUCAAGCCCUUGGAGACAGCUGUGGUCGGGCAGACGCUAGGCCAGGGCCCUGCGGGACUGGUGGGCACCCCCACGUAGCUGCCCCCCUGGGGGGGCACAGCCCCCAGAGCCAGCCUAGGAACUCUCUCUGGAUGACACCCCUUUUCACAUCCAGGACAGCAGGUGUUUUAGAUCUUAUCAUCAGCAAAUGAAAGCUUUUCACAUGUCCUUCCAUCGUCUUGCCUGGCUCCGUGGACAGAACCGCCUGCAGAACCCUCACCCAUGGCAUCCCUGCCACUUCCUUCGCUGGGUCCAUGUCCAGCCUGUGCCUGCUCCCUGGUCACCUCCAACUGCAGACAGCGGGACCUUCUCAGAGGGCCCUGUGCUCACCUGAGGCUGGGCUCAGGGUGCUGCCUGUCUUCACACCAUUGUUGUCCCGACGACUGGACGGCUUUGCGGGUGUCGGCAGUGACUUUAUUGACCCCUGAGUCACAGCUGCCCACUCGGAAUCUCCGGGACUUCCCUAGGAAGUGGGUGACCCUGGUGCUCCCUGUUGAGGGUGGGGGGCACAGCCCGCGUGCAGGAAGGGUCAGGUGGCCUCCUGCUGCGGGGCCUGGCUCUAGCUCCCUCGGUAGGUGGUGUAGGACCAGGGGCUCAGCAGCAGGGGCACGUGGAACUUCUGGGCCUCGCUGGGGAUGGUGAAAACAACCUGAGGUGGAGAGAAGGCCGGGGAGAGGCUGAGGGGGCGGCAGCAAACUGGUCAUCUAGCCCCAGCGUGGCUGGGAGAGCUCAGCAGCCCAGACUGAGGGUCUGGGAUGGGGUGAACCCUCCCCACCAGAGGGACAUUCCUCAGAAGCCACAGCCCUGAGCACAGCCACAGCGUGACAGGGCAGAUGCUUCUGUGCAGUGCAGUGCGGGGUGAGGUGACGAGGUCAGGCACGGAGCUGGAGUCGGCUCAGAUGUAAACCUCUGUCGACAAAGGGGAUGAGUCACCCCUGGCCCAGUCUCCCCACAAAGCCUGACCCUGGGCAGGUCAGCGAUGGGUGUGUCCUACAGUCUUGCUGCCUGGAAACCUUUCUUUUGUGAGCUCACCCACCUGCCACCACCCAGGACCAGUCUGCCCACUGCCUAAAUGAUGCCGGCCAGCAGGACCUGACCUGCGGUCCCAGUGAGUCACAGACCUCAGCCCCUCCAGCGCACCGGGGCGCUCACCUCCACGUAUGGGUAGAAGCUUUCCUGCCCCCUCUUCCUCCAGUAGGCAGCCGUGUCGAAGGUGAGCUUGUAGGUGCCUGCCUUCAUCUGGUCCCGAGUCAGGAGUCCAGGGCAGCGGCCAUCUGCGUCUGUGUAGCUGGGGAGAGGAUGAGGGUGCAGACAGGGAGAUGAGGAGCUCCCCACCCCACCUGUCAGACUUGGGCGAGCAGCCACAGUGGGACUCGGCCUGCAGCUGCGGAGAGUCAGGACCCCACAGCACUGUCUUUAAGGAAUCACAACACAGAGAAGAAAAAGGAAAAAGCCUCCCAUAAUGUACCCCACGAGCAGUAACCACCUUAGAGCUGGCAUAUAUUUUUCCAGAUUUUCUCUAUGCGUAUUUGUUGAGAAACCUAAAAUCACUCAUCAAAUGGA